CAGCUGAACAGUGUCGGCGGGAGGAGUCGUGGCGUAGAGGAAGGAGUACAGGCGGAGCCAGUCAUGUUUUGCUGGCGAAGGACUGUUGUGUCCGCGAUGAUACCGUUUCUUAGCGCUAGGAUAUAAUCAGGGAGAGGGUUACAUCUGCUCUCCGGCAGCAACAUGAAAGAAUGGCGAAGCGGCAGUGAGGAGGAGGAAGGGGAAGAAGAAGAAGAGGAGGAGGAAGACAGCACUCCACUGCUGAGGGGCCAAGAUGAAGGCCUGGGUAACAUCCAGCAGUACCCUAAAGAAAAAGUGCCUGUGUGCUGCUCUGCUCGCUACAACCUGGCAGUCAUGGCAUUAUUUGGAUUCUUCAUGCUAUAUGCGUUACGUGUUAAUCUAAGUGUAGCCUUGGUGGAUAUGAUAAAUUCAACAUCAAGUACACGAGAAAAUACAAGUGCCGAAGUGUGUCCGGAGCACACGCUUUCUCCAGUAGUCCCACACAAUAGUAAGGGUAAGAAGUAUGACUGGGAUGCAGAUACCCAAGGCUGGAUACUUGGUUCCUUCUUCUACGGCUACAUCCUUACUCAGAUACCUGGUGGUUACAUAGCUGGAAAAAUUGGUGGCAAGCUAUUACUUGGGUUUGGAAUUUUUGGGACUGCUGUGUUUACACUACUGACACCAAUUGCUGCAGACUUAGGGCCAGGGUAUCUUAUAGCCGUCCGUGCACUGGAAGGUCUUGGAGAGGGUGUUACUUUCCCAGCUAUGCAUGCAAUGUGGUCAUGCUGGGCUCCACCUUUGGAGCGAAGCAGGCUAUUAAGCCUUUCAUACGCAGGUGCACAGCUUGGAACAGUUGUAUCUCUUCCUGUAUCGGGCCUAAUUUGCUACUACAUGGACUGGGUUUAUGUAUUUUACAUAUUUGGUGCCUUUGGUGUGUUAUGGUUCAUAAUGUGGCUUCUUCUUGUAAGUGACACUCCACAAUUACACCGAUCAAUCUCUGACUGUGAAAGAGAAUACAUUCUGUCAACUCUUGAAAAUCAACUUUCCAAAGAGAAAUCUGUACCAGUCUGGUCAAUUGUGAAGUCGGUGCCAUUAUGGGCUAUUAUCGUAGCUCAUUUUUCUUAUAACUGGACCUUUUAUACGUUGCUGACAUUACUGCCUACCUACAUGAAGGACAUUUUGCGUUUUAAUGCCCAAGAGAAUGGGUUCCUGUCUGCUCUUCCUUAUUUUGGAUGCUGGGUUUGUAUGAAUGUAACAGGUCUCGUUGCAGACUACAUGAGGGAGAAAUUAAACUAUUCAACCGUUGCAGUUCGCAAAAUAUUUAACACACUAGGAAUGAUCGGGCCUGCUGGGUUUUUGUUAGCAGCUGGUUACACGGGUUGUAACUAUAAAUUAGCUGUUGUCUUCCUUACACUGUCCACCACUCUUGGAGGCUUGUCUGUGUCCGGAUACAGUAUAAAUCAUUUAGACAUUGCACCCUCCUUUGCAGGGCUGCUCCUUGGAAUCACAAACACUUUUGGCACAAUUCCGGGGAUGGUUGGUCCUGUUAUUGCCAAAAGUUUAACCCAUGAAAACACUGUGGAACAAUGGCAGAUUGUUUUUUAUAUUGCUGCUGCUAUUAAUGUUUUUGGAGCCAUCGUGUUUGCAGUAUUUGCCAGUGGUACGGUACAAGACUGGGCAGUAGACAAGAAGACAACUCAGGAGGAUUAGGAAAAAAGCUGUUUACGUACUAGACUGCACAUAGCCAGAAACACAGGGAGCAUCCUAGGGUUACCUUCAUUUUUAUGGGUUUUUUUUGUAUUAAUUUACACGCACUUAUGCGGUGAUAAUAUAUAUCACAAAAUAUGGCAGGCAUGGCUCUACUUUUAAACUCUUGUAUUGUAAAAAGACUGACAAACCGUUACAUUUGGUAUGUAAACUAGAAUCUAAAAAUGUGUAAUUUCAGCUAGAAAGUCAAAUGUAUAUAAAAAGGUAACUUGCUUUCAUAACAAGGGGAUUAUUUUAGUUACUAUUGAGAUAUUUGCCAUCACUACCUUUUUUUUAUAGCCCUAUUUAUUUUAUUAGCUGAAAACUCACAAUCCACAAGGAUUUAUUUUGCUGGAUAUCUGAUGUUCCCUUUCAUCAUAUUUGUAUAUGUGCAGGGUAUGUUCCAUCAACACAACUGAAGCAAAGUAUUGUUAUAUUAUCAAAUGAAUAUCAUAUUUUAUAAUGUUAUGUUUACAUUGACAGUCAUGUAAAGUGCCUUGUAACAUUCCACAAAUCAUUUAUACCAGAACAGCACUUUAUUCAUAUGAAUCCAGAUUGUUCACUCAGGGAUAUAAAUUACAGUGGUGAAUACAUUAAUUUGUUUGCAGUAAUUGAUUUUAAGGGAAACACAGAAAAAUCUCAGUACUGUAAUAAAUAGUCAAUGUUAUAUUAUAAACAAGUUAUGGCUAGAGAAAAUGCCUUUUUUGUUUUUAUAUUCUUAAAGCCAGUAUUCCAGUUUUUGCUUUCCUUUCUUCUGAUGAGCUUAAAACCUGCUCCCAAAAUAGCAACCCCUAUUACAAAUGCCGAUGUACAAAGAGGUCAUUUCAGAUAGAAAUUAAGAUACUAAAUGGAGCCCUCUGAAUCUAUUCCAAGAAGAGCUGAUAGCAGAAUAAAUGUAUUCCUUAUAAAGGUACAGAACUGCAGAACUCAUUUCUUCUCAUGAAUCCGUGAAUGAUACUGUUGCUCGCCAAUUCCUUUUUUUCUUCAGUGAAACAAAUGUUUGGGGUUUAUUAGCUAAAGCAAGAGUUAGCAGAAAAGUUGUGGUUUUGACUUCCUGCGUUAUAAAACACCAUCCCUUUCUAAAUUUUUUUGCAAGAGAGUCUGUGGGGUGACUUUCCAGAAAACUUUAGUAACGUAAAAAUAAAGUCAGGAAGAUGAAACUGCAACUUAACUGCCUCUCAAUCUCCUUCUCUAAGGGAAUAAAUGCCUUAAAAAACAGUCUCAUGCACGUGACAAUGUUUUUUUUGUUUUUUUUAAAGAGCAGGAUUCUUAAUUGAACCCUUGUGGGACGAUGGCGCUCUAGCCUUUAACCCAAACAUUUGACAAUAUCAACCUAUAAAUUAAAGGAACAAAACUGGUUUAAA